AAUUUGGUUCAAAUAAUUUCAGUAAAGUAUUUUCCAGCAUUAUAUUUUCGAAUUUUAGGUAUGUUUAUGUUAUUUUGUAAGGUAUUUUAUUACCUACUUUCCUGUAUAAUAUUUUCUUGUGUACCUACCUACCUAAUAAUUUCCGGAUUAUAACCUAAGUACGUAAUACUUUUCCGAUUUUUUUUUUAUUCCCGUUAAAUACUUUCCCGAUUUAUUCAUUUCUACGUAAUAAUAAUUAUUACAAUUAUUGUUCAUGUGUAAUUUUUCUCGUGUAAAUGUCUAAUGCUUUAGAUAGUAGAAUGGUACAGCGUCCGUGGAGGUAGAACGAACAGAAUUCCUACUGUUGGGGACCAUUUGGUAAUUUGUAAAUAUGUACCGAUGGAACGAAUAAGUACCUACUCAUUACUGAUUUAUAAUCAAAGACCGUGAUUACAGGAGCUCCAACGUAUUCACUAGUCGGUUGUCUUUUGUUUUCGUCGUAGUUUAAGUUCUAAAGGAUAUUAUUAUUUUUUUGCCGUGUGUGUUUGUCUGGCUAAAUAAUAAAUAGGCGCUUUUCAAGCAUUUAUUUUCAAUAAUACAAAUAAUAUAUCAUCAAACUUGUGACUGUGAAAUCAAAAAGUAAUGUUUUUCUUGGUUUCAUUCAUGUGCUUUGUACAGUACUCGGCGAGAUUGCAGUAGACAUAUUAUAUGACUGGAUUAACUACCACGAGAAAACUUACACCUCAAAACACAAUCAUCGGUCUAUAGGAUACCGGAAUACAGGUGUUGUAUACAUUCCAAGAUUGAGUGAUCGAGACUACCCAUGUUCAUUGAUCGAGUUCUCUUUUCUAAGUUCCAACUGCGUACAAUACAGAUAACUGUCUACCGAUAAGGCUAACUUCAAUAUCCGCCUUGUCAAAUUAGUCUCGAAAUGCACAAGUGUAUAGUGUGCGGCAAUAAAUCUAAGUACACAAAGGUCAAUCGUCCAGGAGUUAUUUAUCAUGGAUUUCCAAAGAAUGCAUACAUGAAGAAAAAAUGGUUUAAAGUUUUUGGGAUUGAUCGUUGUCAUGAUUGGCAACGUAUAUGUAGUGAUGAUUUUUUAGAAGAAAACUAUAAGCCAGGAAAAAAGCGAUUUUUAUUUUCAAAUGCUAUUCCCCUACCUUAUAAUCCAAAUGGUUUUCUUUCUAAUUAUGCUACUCAAAGUAAUGAUGUUGAAACUGGAAAUAAUGUAAUUUUACCGAUGGAACAAAAUAUUAUACAAAUCUGAAUUUUAAAAAGAGGAACAUAUUGAAAAUGCUAUUGAAAAUAAUUUUAAAUCAAGACGGUCAUCUACACUUACUAGAAAAAAUGAGGAUAUGAGUAAUAAAAAUAUG